AGUUGGUGUUGGAAACUGACGCCUUUUGAAAACUUUCUAUAUUUUUUGUGAUAAUUCGCCAUAAAAUAACAAUUAUUAGUUUCGCGGGUGUUGUUAUUCCCAGUGGCUACAUUUUUCUUUUGAAUUGUGAGCCAUGAGCCAAAUGGUAACGCGGAAAGGCCCCGUGGGGGAAGAUAAAGAAAAGAGGCAGACAGACAGUCCGGUAAAAGACAUGAAGAAGAAAAUAGCUGCAAAUGCAGAAAAAGAGAAACAGACCGGAGAAAAAGUUCCCGAGAAACAUCAAAACGACAAAAACUCAGAGAAACUAGACAAAAGCAUAGACAAAGAUAAAAAAGACGCCAAACCAGCAGAAAAAACUGACAAGAAAGACGCCAAAACUGUAGAAAAGACGGAAAAGAAAGACGCUAAAAGCCCAGAAAAGCUAGACAAAAAAGAUGCUAAAAGCGCAGAAAAGACAGACAAAAAAGAUACUAAACCUGCUGAAAAAACGGAGAAAAAAGACGUAAAAAUAGCUGAGAAAUCUGACAAGAAAGAAAAGGAAAAAAGUGUAGAGAAAGACAAGAAAGAAAAGACGACAGACAAAAGAGAUAAGGCUGAUAAGUCGCCGGAGAAGAAAGACAGAGCUGACAAGAAAGAUGACAAAAAGGAUGAGGUGAAAGAAAGAAAUGGGAAGCCUGAGCACAAAGAAGCGAAACAGAACGGCACCCGCAACGGCGACCACGAGGCCAGCUCGGAGGACGACGAGUUGGAACGCGACGAGCUGUUCCCCGAGCUCGCGUACGACGACAGCGACGUGGAGGUCGUCGAGGGCCUGCCCAGCCGCAGCACCACCCGCCGCGACCAGGUGAAGGCGACGCGCACGCCGGAGACGCCGCGCCCCGCCUCCGACAAGCGACCGGAACCGGAUGCUGAGUCGAAGGAGAAAGUGCUGAAGCUGCAAGACUCCCUCGCUACGGACAGGAAGCUCCGGUCUGCGGAUUCCCCCAAACCUGCCAACGUAGACCAGCAGGACAAGAUGGAGUUGGAUGAGGUGGAGAGUGAAGAGCGCCGCAAGCCCGACACCAACUACUCGCGGUCGCGCGCGCGCGUGUCGCCGUACCGCCGCGCCGCCCCGCCGUCCGCCGUCGCCCCGCCCCACGCGCCGUCCGCCGCCGACGUCACCGCGUGCUCCGCCCAAGCUGAUUAUACCGGCAACAACACGACUAUGGAGACAGACAUGGAGUUGUCCGUGUCGGAGGCACCUGAAAGCCCGUACCUAUCGGGUCUGCGUACCAUCCGCGGCCGGCGCUCCUACAAGCCGCUGCGCGAGAUGACGCUGCGCAACAUCGUGCCGCGUCCCCCGCGCCCCGCCCCCACACUCGCGUCCGAGCCCAUCCGUCCGAUGGCGCCUGUCGUCGGCCGCAAGCGCAAGCCCGACGAUGUCGAGGUGGCCGUGGACGCGCUCGCCGAGACCAAGCGCCCGCGCCUGCUGCAGCGACUGGCGAGACCAUUCCGCGCGCUCGCUGCUAGACAGCCUGAGAUCGUCGGCAUCAACACAGACUUACCGAUGACGGCGCCGGUCGCGUGCGCAGACUUCGACCCCGAAGUCAUCAAGGCCGAAGACACUGACACGGUGGACCAGAUAGACCACGCCAAGGACCAGAGGGACCAAAUACCGGUCCCCACAAGUCGACUGGUCCCGCAGGAUAACAAGAGAUGUGUUAUCGUGUAAUGAAGUAGAAUGAUGAUGAAAUGUGAACGAAGUUUUGUGUCAGUUGGUAUGUACUGUUUGAUGAAUUUCAACAACCGAUGUACUAUCAGAGAAGUUGAUUCAUAGGCAGUUGGCGGGCCUAUGUAAG